AUGGCAACGGAGGUGGUAUACCGAGAGACGCGUCGACGCUACCGGUGGCCUGAAGUUCAAUUAAAUCUGUGGAUCUUCAUCGUCCUAGCCGGCGCAUCAACGGUACUGGGUAUCAACGCCUGGUUCAUAUCCGUCCAACAACAAUUGAGAAUCGGAAUUCCAUGGCUAUUUACCUUCGCAGUAGUCACCGGCGGCCUCACGAUCAUCUUCCUAGUGAUAAUCCUCGUGCUCGCCGCACGGCGCAUGCUGAUACCCGGCGGUAUAUUGCUCGGCGCAUUCAUCCUUCUUGUCCUAUGGGUCACCGUGCUGAUUGAGACCGCCAUCCAACUGUAUGGCCGGGGCAACGUGAAUGGGAACUGCAAUAACUACGUCACGGGACAGGAGUACACCGGCGUGUCGAUAGAGACGCUGGCCUGGCUGACCCAGGACAACAUAUGUUCGUGUUGGAAAGCGUCGUUCGCAUGGUCCAUCAUCCUGGCCGUCUUGUUUCUGUGGAUGAUGGUGCUCUCAUACCAGGUGCAGAACUACGACUGA